AGAAUACCGAAGAAAACCGACAGAGGGAAGAGCUCUUGGAAACCCUCCCCCUGCAUCGGUUGCUACGGCUGUGCCCGGUUCAUGUAUUGUCAGUAGAUGUUCAUAGUUGCACUGCUACAUCCUAAUGGAUUUAUCUGAAUAAACGAUUCCAGUGUAUGCCACACCACUCUUACUGAGAGGCGGAAGGAUGGCACACCAACACAGCCCACCCUCAGUUCCUCAAGGGACAGAAUUCCAAGCAGCUGAUCCCUAUCCUGACUCCGACCGGGAUUCUGGGGUGGGAGAUGAUGCCGGAGAGGACUCUGAUGGUCUUCAUGACGACAACGCUUUGCACUGGUCACGGGGAGAGAGAGACGUGAGGGAAAGAGGAGAUGGAGAUUUUACAAUAUUUGUUGCUUUUCAAGGCAAUAUGGAGGAUGAAGACUUUCCUGUUAAACUUGAGAGGGUUUUGAACGGAAUACCAAGCAUUCUUGAAUUGGACUCUGCGAUACAGCCCCAGCAUGUGGAGCCAUGGAACAGUGUGCGGGUCACCUUCAACAUUCCCCGGGACGCAGCGGAGCGCCUCAGACUGCUGGCCCAGAACAAUCAGCAGCAGCUCAGAGACCUGGGGAUCCUCUCUGUGCAGAUAGAAGGCGAAGGAGCCAUCAACGUAGCCAUGGGGCAGAACAGGGGUCAGGAGGUCAGGGUGAACGGGCCGAUGGGAGCAGCUGGACAGAUGAGGAUGGAUGUGGGCUUCCCAGGUCAGCCUGGUCCAGGAGGUAUGAGGAUGGCUAACCCUUCAGGGUCCAUGAUUCCCCCUGGUCCUAGCAUGGCUGGCCAGGCGAUGGUCCCAGGCAGCAGUGGGCAGAUGCACCCCAGAGCCCCCAGACCCCCCUCACAGUCCGAUGCAAUGGACCCAAUGCUCCCCGGCAUGUCUGUCCAGCAGCAGCUCCAGCACCCCCAGGCUGGCCCCCACGGCCCCGGCCCCAUGCCCCCCCAGGCGGCCCACCACAUGCAGGCCCUGCAGGCCGGGAGACAGCUCAACCCUGCUGCCCUCCAGCAACUCCAGCUCCAGCAGCAGCAAGCCCAGCUGGGCCCCAGGCCUCCGUUCAACCCCUCCGGCCAGAUCCCCGUCCCUCCAGGCUGGAACCCUGCUGCCCAGGGAGGCCCGGCCUGGAGGAAAGCCCCACCCCAGGCCCAGAUGGGCCCCCGGCCCCCCACUCUUGCCUCGGUUCAGACCCCAAGCCACCCUCCACCCCCGUACCCGUUUGGUAGUCAGCAAGCUGGCCAGGUGUUCAACUCCAUGGGACAGGGACAGUUGCAGCAGCAGCCAGGGGUGGGGCAGUUUGCUGCUCCCCAGCCCAAAGGCCCCCAGCCUGGACCUGGAGUAGUAGGGCUCCCUAGACCUCCUCCACCCAUGCCAUCCUCCACUGGGCCACAGGGCAAUCUCACCGCCAAGUCCCCCGGUUCUUCCCCAUCCCCAUUCCAGCAAGGUUCGCCAGGGACCCCGCCCAUGAUGGGGGCAAGACCGACAACCCCACAGGGUUUCCCACAAGGGGUGGGAUCACCAGGCAGGGCAGUCCUUGGCCAACAGGGUAACAUGCAACAAGGGUUCAUGGGAAUACCCCAGCAUGGACAAGCAGGGCCUCAAGUUCAUCAAGGAGGAAUGGGAGGAAUGCCUAAGCGUCCUCCGAUGGGCUUCCCCAACAUGCCAGGGAACCAAAACUUCGUCCAAGGGCAGGUGACCACCAGUGCUCCAGGCACCCCUGGUGGGGGAGCCAAUCAGCAGCUCCAGAGCAGCCAAGCUAUGACCCACACAGGAGCUCCACCUUCCGUAUCCACUCCCAACACCAUGCAGGGCUCCUCCCACGCCCAGCCCAAUGUUAUGGGCCUUCAUAGCGGUAUGGCAGGCCAGCCCCCAGGCACCACUUCUGGCCCAAGCAUGGGCCAGCCUCAGCCUGGCCUCCAGACCCAGAUGAUGGGCCUCCAGCACCAGGCCCAGCCCGUGUCCUCCUCCCCCAGCCAGAUGGGUCAGGGCCAGGGUCAGACUGUCCUCUCCAGGCCCCUCAACCCCGGGCAGAGAGGAGGGAUGACCCCACCUAAGCAGAUGAUGUCCCAGCAGGGCCAGGGGGUGAUGCAUGGGCAGGGUCAGAUGGUUGGAGGCCAGGGGCACCAGGCUAUGCUCCUGCAGCAGCAGCAGCAGCAGCAGCAACAGCAGCAGAACUCCAUGAUGGAGCAAAUGGUGGCGAAUCAGAUGCAAGGAAACAAGCAGGCGUUUGGUGGGAAGGCUCAGGCGGGGGUGAUGCCAGGGCAGAUGAUGCGAGGUCCCUCUCCCAACGUACCGGCUAACCUGGCCCAGUUCCAGGCCCAGGUAGGCCAGCAGCAGAUGACCCCCCAGCAGCAGCAGCAAAUGGCUCAGAUGCAACAGCAGCAGUUGCAGCAACAGCAUCAGCUACAGCAACAACAACUACAGCAGCAGCAGCAACAGCAGCAUCAACAACAGAUGACACAGCAACAGCCACAGCAAGUUCCUAUCAGCGCCAACCCGAACCAAGCCAUGGGCAUGCAUGGCCAGCAGAUGAGACUCCCUAGUGGGCACCCUCUGGUUCAGCAGCAGUUGCAGCAACAGCAGCUUCAGCAGCAACAAAAACAACAGCAGCAGCAGCAGGCCAUGCUGCAACAGCAGCAAGCCGCCCAACAGCACCCCCAUCCGCUGGGGGAUCCUACCGGUGGUACAGGAGACAUGGGGGUCCAGCAGAUGCUGCCAGACAUGCAGGCACAGCAACAGCAGCAGCAAGGCAUGAUGGGAGGGCCCCAGCACAUGCAGGUGGGCAACGGGCACUUUCCGGGGCACGGCAUGAACUUCAACCCCCAGUUUACGGGUCAGAUACCCAUGGGAGCGUGCGGUCAGCCCGGAGGUUUCCCUGUCAACAAGGAUGUGACGCUGACCAGUCCGCUGCUGGUCAAUCUGCUUCAGAGCGAUAUCUCAGCCAGCCAGUUUGGCCCUGGUGGGAAGCAGGGGGCAGGGGGGCCCAACCAGGCGAAACCCAAGAAGAAGAAACCACCACGGAAGAAGAAGCCCAAAGUUGGGGAGGGCCAGCAGGCUGUGGAGGGGCUUGGGGGUCUGGAUGGGCCAUCAGGCCUGGAAGACUCUGAGCUGCCAGGCCUCAGUGUGGAGCAGGGGGUGGGGAUGGACGCCCCGGGCCCCAAACUCAACGACUUCCCCAACAGGCCCUCCGGGUUCCCAGGCCAGCCAGGAGACCAGAGAGUUCUGCAGCAGGUGCCCAUGCAGUUUAUGCAACAACAGCAUCAGCAACAACAACAACAAAUGCAGCACAUGCAACAACAGCAGAUGCAGCAGAUGCAGCAGCAGCAACAAAUCCAACAACAGCAAAUUCAACAACAACAACAGCUGCAGAUGCAGCAGCAGAUGCAGAUGCAGGGGCUGCAGGGUCCUCCAGGCCAGCAGGGGGCAGCAGGGCCUCAGGCACAACCUCAAGGCCAGCCUCAGAUGCACCCUCACCAGUUACAACAACAACAGCCCCAGCAACCACACCACCAACAACAACAGCAGCAGCAGCAGCAGCAACAACAGCAGCAGAUGAUGAUGAUGAUGAAGAUGCAGCAGGAGCAGGCCAAGAGCCGCAUGCCCCUCCCGCCAGGAGGGCAGCACCCCCCCAGGGGGAUGGGCACCCCCGCUGAGGGCCUGAGGCUGCCGGUGUCCCAGCAGGGAAACAUGCCCGUCAUGAUCAACCUGCAGGGCCACGGAGUCCCUCCUUCCCCUGAUAAGAACAGAGGGAUGCCCCUCAUGGUCAACCCCCAGCUGGCUGGAGCAACAAGGAGGAUGUCCCACCCUGAUGCAGGGCAGGGUCCCCAGGGACCGGGGUCCGAGGAGGCUCCUGGAGGAGCCCACACCAUGCAGGAUAGACCGGGGGGCCCGGAGAUGGCCCUGCAGGCUGGGAACGGAACCCAACAGUUGGGGGUCAACCAGGGCCCCAACGCCCACAUGAUGAAGCCGGGCCCCGGUCCCUCCGCCAUGCCCCACAACCCUGGAGCCAGCCCCCAGCAGCAGAUACCCCCUCAGCCCCAGCAAGGAGGCCCAAUGCCUGGCCUCCACUUUCCCAACGUCCCCACCACCUCCCAAAGCUCCAGGCCCAAAACCCCGAACCGGGCCAGCCCCAGACCGUACCACCACCCUCUCACCCCCACCAACCGUCCACCCAGCACCGAGCCCUCUGAGAUCAACCUCUCCCCAGAGAGGCUGAACGCCUCCAUCGCUGGCCUCUUCCCUCCCAAGAUCAACAUCCCUCUGCCCCCCCGCCAGCCCAACCUAAGCAGGGGCUUCGACCAGCAGGGCCUGAACCCCACCACACUGAAAGCCAUAGGGCAGGCCCCUCCUAGUUUAACUCUGCCCGGCAACAACAACGGCAGCGGUGGGGGUAACAACGGCCAGCAGCCUUUUCCAACAGGCGGCGGCGCGGCGGGCGGUGGUGGGAAGCCGGACAAGCAGCCAGGAGGAGGCCAGGCGAAGAGGGCCAGUCCCAGCAACAGCCGCAGGUCCAGCCCGGCUUCCAGCCGCAAAGCCACCCCCAGCCCAGGCAGGCAGAAGGUGGCCAAGAUGGCGCUUACCUCCCCUCCCCACCAGCAGCAGAUGGUCAACCCCCCGGGACAGCCCAUGAUGCUGAGCCCCACCUCGGUGCCUCCCAGCCCGGGUUCUGUUCCCCCAGUGGUCGGGCCAGGCCUGGAUGCCCAAAAACCUCAGAACCCCUUCCAGGGCAUCCAGGGGAACCCCACCGAAACACCCAGGGAAGGGCAGGGCAUGGCCCAGCCCCCGCCUGUGAGGGAGCAGGUGGCUCCAAGGCUGGCCAGCCCUUGCGGGCCUACUCCCCAGGAGUCUAAAUCGGGGCCGGAGCAGACAGGGACAGUGGAGAGGCCCCUCACCCUUUCAGCAGCUCCUCAGCAGGACCCCGUGUCAGCGGGUUCUCCUGCCCUCAGAGAUGCCCCCACAUCCCUCAACCAGCUACUGGACAUCGCAGGCACCCCCAGUGGGCCUCCAAGGCCCACUCAGGGUACUCCAACUGGGGACGUCACUGGAACAGAGAGCCCUAAACCUUUUGGAGGCCCAGAGAGACCGCUGAAUCUCCCCAGCGGCUCUCAGCCGAACUCUGACUUGGCAGCACCUGUUUGCUCAGCUCCUGCAGGGAAUGAGCCAGACUCGAAGGCCAAGCUUACCUCUGUAUCCAGCCCCCACUUAUCUGGCAGCAGUUCAAGCUUACUGGCUAACGCCAGUCUAAAUCCCAACACUAACUCAAACCUGAACCCUAACCCCAACUCUAGCCCUAGUGUCAAUCUCCAGUCCCAGAAUCCAGUCCCCACUCCUAGUUCCAGUCCCUCUGUCACCCUCGGCUCAAGUCCCAACCCGGCUACCGCAGUCAGCCACAGCAGUCCCACAUCCAGUGUCAGCCCCGGUCUAAACCCCAACCUUGCGCUCGCUUCGAAGCCGACCCUUAACCCCGGUCCAACCAAACCGGUGACCAGUGUCCCUGCGGUCCUGCAGAUUCCUGCUGCCGCCGCCCCGCCUGGCCAGAUUACCGUCUUUGUCACCUCCAGCCCCAUGGCCUCCAUCUCCUCCCCCUCCCACAAGGCCCCAUCUCCAGCCCCCCUCUCGUCCAUGGCGGCCAUCCCCAACAAGAACCCCAUGAGACCUCAAGAUGUCCGUCAGCAGGUCCCCACCAUCCCUGCCCCUCCUCGCCCCCCUCACUUAUCCACCACCACCACCGCCCCCAUGUUUAUGAACCCCAUCCUCCAGGUCCCGGCUGCCUCUGUGGCCCCCAACGCCCCUGCAGUGUCCCAGGCCGUCUCCAUGGCAGGGCCUCUCCCGAUGUCCACGGCAUCCAUUCAGCUCACCUCUGCCACAGUUACGGUCUCCAACCAGCCCUCCUCCACAGCCAGCGCGGCCAGCGCUCAGCCCGCCAGAACACUAGUAGGGAAGGUCCAGACAGCUGCCACUGGCUCCCCCCCAUCCCAAGUGUCGUUUGGCAUGUCCCCCCCUCCCCAGCAGCAAGGCCCUAGCACUCCCAAACUGGACCCCUCCACCCAGAAGUCCAGUGCCCCUGUCGGGAGUCCAUCGCCCCGUCCCAGCUCUUCUCCCACAGCCUCGGUUCCCCUUCAGCAGCCCCUGGGCUCCCCUCCACCCUGCUCCAGCCCUGGAGCCACAGCAAGCACCCGCAAGAGCCCCAUGUCUCCGGUCUCUGUCGCCCAAGUUAAGAGUAAUACUGUCCAGGCUGCUGCACCUGUGGCCAGCACACCCGAGCCCACACGCAGCCCAGAGGAAAGGCCUGCCCAGCCCCCAGAGGUGCCCAUCACGCCUUGCCUCAGUGCUGGGGCAGGGCCCCCUCAGGCCUCCCCUCCUCCACCUCCUGCCCCCGUCACCCAGACAGAAGCUCCGGCUCCACAGACCCAGGCUGUUCCAACAGUCACCGUUCCCCCUCCUCUCCCCACUCCUGCUCCCGCUCAGACUCCAGCCCCAGCUCCUGCCCCUCUUACCAGCCCCACCACUACUGCCCCGCCCCCUCCUGGUGCCCCUCGUUCCCCUCCGGUCCACAGUCCCCCUCCAUCCUCCGCCCCCAGUGCUGCCCUCCCCAAGCCCCCCAACCCUCCAGAAGUCCCUCCUGCAGCUGCAUCCUCCCCAGCCGUCCCUAACCCUCCAGAGGCCCAGCCUGUCCAGGCUUCUCCCCCAGCCACGGAGCUUCCCAGCCAGCCAGCAGCUCCACCAGGGUCCCCAUCUCUGGCAGACAACACCCAGACCAACCCAGCUCCAGUUCAAACUGAAGAAUCCCAGCCAGAAGAGCCUGCUGCCAGUGAAAAGACUGAUGAGGUGUCCAGCGUAACAGAACCGGGAUGGGCAAAGAAAAGAAAGACUCCCGUCAACUUAGUCCCAAGGGUGGCCGUGGAGAAGCCCAAGGGGCCCAGCAGACGGAGCUCGCGGGCGGAGAAGGAGCCGGAGGAGGAGCCAGUGACUGACAGUGUGCAGAGGAAGAGGUCGGCCCGACCCGGAGCCAGUGCUGCUGCAAAAGAAACUGGUGCCAGUCCUACCCAGGCCAAACGAAGGAAAUCUAAAUAGGCGUAACUACAGAAGUUAAAAACCUGUGAACUGUAAAUGUAUUUUUUUUUUCUGUGAAUCAUUAGAUUUUUUUUUUUUUUUUUUUCCUAUUCCCAGGAUUAUGAAUUCUCUGAAAUGGGAAAAGUAACCGUGUACAGAUAAUUGCUUUAAAAUAAUUAUGUUAUUGUUUCGUCCCGCUAUCAUGUGAGAUUGUAGUUAGGAUGUUUGUGAGCGUGAGCUGUGUGAAUGUGUUUUUGUUUAGUUUUUUUAAAUGCUGGAGUAAUCAUUUGAGGACUGAAUAGAACUUGUCUCAACUGUAAAAUUAUGUUGUAAAACCGAAUUAAAUUUUGUACUACUU